UCCACCGCACCACCACCACCAAGGCACCAACCCUUCCAAUCCAACUCGCCCCUCCCCUGCGGCGCCGGGAAUUCCUCGCGCCUCGCCCUCCACCGCGCCCACUCGACGGCCCUCCCGUCUCUCGUCUCCGCGCGCGGCGGCGGCGGCAGCCUCGGGCCCUUCCCCGGGACGCGGCGACUAAACUGAAUUAGAACUGAAGCGAAGGAAACGAAACGAUGGCGCUCUCACGUAGUAUGAGAACAUGUUUGCACAGUGGGAGACUUGCGCUUCUUGCAGUAUUGGUUUCGGGUGGAAUUGUAUUGCAGAUUCUGGCCUGUGCUCUGUAUAACAACUGGUGGCCAAUGUUAACAGUUCUCAUGUAUCUCAUACUACCAAUGCCCCUCAUAUUUUUUCUGGGUUCCAAUAGCCCUUCGAUGAUGUCUAAUGAUGGAGAUGCUUGGGUGAAUUUCACAAAAUUCUUGACGGGUGCAUCAAUAGUGGGGAGCAUCGCCAUCCCGUCGAUCCUGAAGCAUGCCGGUGUCAUUGGAUGGGGGGCACUCACGAUGGAGCUAUCUUCUUUCCUGGUCUUUGGCGUCGCGAUCUUGUGGCUCAUUCAAAUGAACGGCGAGGAUGAAUACAGCAGCGUGUUCUGAUCGGUACGUCCCCCUUGCUCGCGAUUGGUACUACUACCUUACCGAGCAGCUGCGAAACUUCUGUACAGAUACUGUCGAAGUGCUGGCUCUAUUCCCAUUCAGUAGUGUGACCCUACGUGUUCAGAUUUACAUGUACAAAUUUGUAACUUCGCUGUGCGAUUAUGGUCUCCCGUUGAUUUUGAGUUGGAUUAUGAAUUGGUUCUGUGAAAUUGUCAAUAUGGGAAGCUGGGUAAA